GUGACUUGACGUGAGCAGUUAAUAGUAUGAGUGAAGUUUCUACUAAGUUUCAUCAUUGCAGUUAAGAAGAUAACAUAUGAAGCAUUAACUACGGCUACAAGCCGUGUUUGUGUUGUGAUUCUCAGUGAUAUAAGCAAUACUUAGAAUACUAACCUAAAAAGUAAACUAAUAACCAUUGAAAUGGAGGAUCUAUCAAUAGGAGAAAUAUACACGUCGGAUAAGAAAGGCAGUGACGAGACGGGAGAUGGAACUGAAGCCAAGCCGUUCAAGACCAUUUUGCAGGCAAUGCGGCAUGCAGGCAAGGAGCCAUUCCCUACUAUUUACGUUGACGCAAAGGAUGACACAAAAGUAUACGAGGUUGCGGCAAAAUCUCAGCUGAAAAAAAUUCACAAGAUCUGGGUAAGGGAGAGCUACAAAGCGGCCGAUAAAGCGAAGGCCGAGGAAGAAACCAAUGACAAAAGACAACAAAACUUGGAAGAAGCCAAGAAAAUCGUCAUCAAGGAAGAUCCCAGCCUGCCUAAAGCUACUUAUGUGAAAAUAGCUGAAGCUGCUGAGCACCGUGGUGAGAGGAUAUGUGUGAAAGGAUGGGUGCACCGUCUAAGGAGACAAGGCAGAGCACUAGCAUUCCUGACACUAAGAGAUGGCACAGGGUACCUGCAGUGUGUGCUCCAUGGUCUUCUCUGCCAGACCUACAAUGCCCUUGUGCUCUCUACAGAGUCCUCUAUUGUCAUUUACGGGAAACUUGAGGUUGUGCCUGAAGGAAAAAUGGCGCCUGGUGGUCACGAACUGACAGCGGAUUACUGGGAGCUGGUCGGUCUAGCGCCCCCUGGUGGAGCUGACGCUAUUCUCAACGAAGAAGCUUUACCUGACGUCCAGCUUGACAACAGGCACAUUAUGAUCCGCGGAGAGAACACGUCGAAGGUUCUCCGCGCGCGCGCGGCGGUGACGCGAGCGUUCCGCGAGCACUUCCAGUCGCGGCGCUACACGGAGGUGACGCCGCCCACACUCGUGCAGACGCAGUGCGAGGGGGGCAGCACUCUCUUCAAGUUCAGCUACUUCGGACAGGAGGCGUACCUGACGCAGAGCUCGCAGCUGUACCUGGAGACAUGUCUGGCCACGCUGGGCGACGUCUACUGCAUCGCGCAGUCAUACCGCGCAGAGCAGUCACGUACGAGAAGGCAUCUCGCCGAAUACAGCCAUGUAGAGGCUGAGUGCCCAUUCAUCACGUUCGAGGAUCUGCUCUCAAGACUGGAAGACCUUGUUGUCGAUGUAGUGGACAGAGUGCUCGCCUCGCCUGAUGGUCAUCUUGUGAGCGAACUUAACCCCAACUUCAAGAGGCCAAAGAAGCCUUUCAAGCGCAUGGCGUACACUGAGGCCAUCGAGUAUCUACGUGAGCACAACAUUACAAAAGAAGAUGGAUCGUUCUACGAGUUUGGAGAGGAUAUCCCGGAGAUGCCAGAACGUAAGAUGACGGACGAGAUAGGUGAGCCGAUCCUGUUGUGCAAGUUCCCGGCGGAGAUCAAAUCGUUCUACAUGCAGCGCUGCUCCGACGACCGCCGGCUGACCGAGUCCGUCGACGUGCUCAUGCCGGGGGUCGGCGAGAUUGUUGGAGGCUCCAUGAGGACUUGGGACCAUGAGGAACUCAUGGAAGGUUACAAGCGCGAGGGCAUCGACCCGUCCCCAUACUACUGGUACACGGACCAGCGAAAGUUCGGCUCGGUCCCGCACGGCGGGUACGGGCUCGGCCUGGAGCGCUUCCUGUGCUGGUUGCUGGACCGCCACCACAUCCGCGAGGUCUGCCUCUACCCUCGCUUCCUCGACCGCUGCACGCCCUAGUUACACUGGACGACCAACAUGCUUUGACCUCGAUCUUUAAUUACUUGUUUGGAAAUAAAAAUAAGACUUAUUUGCGCUAAAUUGCCUGGAGUUAUAGAAAAUGUUUGAAAUAAUCUUUAGGAACGCGUGACUGAAAUUUUGCCAUUUUUUUGUUACAUAUUAAUACAACCACCACCUUAAGGUAAUUUUAACUCGUACUGC